AGGACUGUAACGUCAUGCUCAGAAAAGGCUGUUGCAAAACAGUCCCUCCUUGGCUGUGCACACAUCUCCAGCCCCCACAAAAGGUGGCUUCAAACACACACACACCUGGUCUCAAAAAAGCAGACACCAAAUCACCUUGAGAUCGUGCAGUGCAGGCAGGAGCCGAAGUUGAUUCAGCGCCAAUCAAUGUUUUUCUCACAUUACUCUGAAAUGCCCCUGGUGUGUUUGUCAGACUUUGAAGCUUACGCAAAGAAACAUCUUCCAAAGGCCACCUGGGAUUAUAUGGCCUCUGGGGCGGAUGAAUGUUGUACUCGGGAUGACAACCUCAUGGCAUAUAAAAGAAUCCAUUUGCGACCCCGCAUGCUGCGCAACGUGCUUGCAAUAGACACCAGGACCACGAUCCUUGGCACGGAAAUCAGCUUCCCUGUAGGGAUUGCUCCCACAGGCUUUCACAAGCUGGCCUGGCCCGAUGGGGAGCAGAGCACAGCCAAAGCUGCAGAUGCCAUGAAUACCUGCUACAUUGCCAGCACUUACGCCACUUGCUCCGUGGAAGAAAUAGUAGCCGCAGCCCCUGCUGGCUUCCGAUGGUUCCAACUCUACAUUCACCAGAAGAGGUCAGCCUCUGAGAUGCUGGUGAGGAGGGCAGAAGCCCUGGGAUUCCAGGCUCUGGUGCUAACGGUGGAUGUGCCUUACGCCGGUAAGAGACGUGACGACAUCCGCAACAACUUCCAUCUCCCUCAGCACAUGUCCGUCAAGAACUUGGAAGGUGUCUUUGAGGACAAAGAUCGCUCAGAGUACGGGCUGCCUGCUAAUUCCAUGAGCCCCUUCCUUUGUUGGGAGGACAUCCACUGGCUGCAGAGCUUGACCCGCCUGCCCAUCAUCCUCAAGGGAAUCCUGACGAGGGAAGAUGCUGAACUGGCCGUGAGACAUGGAGUUCAAGGGAUCAUGGUCUCCAACCAUGGUGGGAGGCAGCUGGAUGGGGUCCUAGCAAGCAUCGAUGCUCUGGUGGAAAUUAAGGACGCGGUGCAAGACAAGGUUGAACUUUAUUUGGACGGCGGGGUACGAACUGGAAGCGACGUGUUGAAAGCUCUUGCCUUAGGGGCCACGUGUGUCUUCAUUGGAAGGCCAGCCUUAUGGGGUCUUGCCUAUAAGGGUGAAGAGGGACUUAAAGAUGUGCUGCAGAUUUUGAAAGAUGAAUUUCGUUUGUCCAUGGCUCUAACCGGCUGUCGAAAUGUCUCUGAAAUUGGCCGACACUUGGUCCAGUUCUCCAGGCUGUAAAGGAUCACCCUGCAAUGCUCAGCAGACCAGCCAAACAGGCCACCAAUCUGUGCUGCCGUGCACGGAUGCCAGAAUAACUUCCCACCCCGCCCCUUGUGGGGCAGAGCAAGGCUGCCAUAUACAAGUCCAUGAACUUCCAAAGGCUUGCUUAACUGCUGCCCCUGACUGUUGCUAAGCUCCUCACUGGCAUGGAAGAAACAGCUCUCUUUGUGUCCCUAUGGAGAAGACUGGAGGACCCACGCAGUCUCUGCUGAUCAGGGAACAUCCUUGAGAUCUGGCUUGUGUCUUGCUAUUCCAAUAUUUUAUCUAGGCAGCAACUGUGUUUGCCAAGGAAGCGCUUUAUCAACAGGGUACCAAAAAAAGAGCCCAUGUGAAGGCCUUGCCACAGCAACUGAAAAUUUCUUCUCUGUCUCUCUCUGCCGUCAUCCCAACUAACUGCACCCUUGCCAAGAGCUGUACGUCCCCAUAGGCCCUGGUGAUUCCUGCAUCCUUAAAGAAUCCAAGCUCCUUCUUGAACCUUAUGCAGGCAAUAAAAAAUGGGGAGGGACUGAAAUGACAUUCCCAUUGUUAUAUUCCCAUUUUUGUGAUUAAGAUAUACAUUUGGUCCUGUAUAUGUGAGAAUACAGCUUUUAACACAGAGGUUCGAUCAUAGGAGCAGAGUCAGAAACGGGAAGUCCUCUGCUAAGUCCACAUUGACUUGACUGGUCUCCUUGAGCUGGCCAGCCCAACAACCUCCACCCAUAAACAGGCAGUAAAGAUGUGGAGGGAGGGAGCAUCUUGAGAACAGAAGAGGGAUUCGCACCAGGCAACUUCUUUCUGUUACCAACAUGGCUGACGAACAGUGCCACGAAUGAAUUAUCCCAUUGGCUUCCCUGUUUGGACAACUGCUGGACCCUCAAGAGCCUCUUAUUCGCAGAUCCUGUUAAGAUCUGAGGUUGUCUCUGAGAUAAAUGCAUCUGUACUGUGCCUCUCCAUGGCCUUCACAUGGGCUCUUUUUUUGGUACACUGUUGAUAAAGUGCUUUCUUGGCAAACACAG